AACAGUGUAAAUCUGUGGUCACACUAGACUUGGAACAUGCAAAAUUUCUUCGUUCACUGCAAUGGUCGUGUUAUGACACAGCUUCUUUUUAAAAACUUAAAUUCAACACACAAAUAAUGCAUGUAAAAUGUAAAAACAUACAAUCUACUGCACUUUACUGCAGCGUUGCAGUUUUCUUUUAAUUCAGUUAUGAGGCCAUGCUGUGACGAAUCAAUCUGCUGUUGGUCACACGGUUUCACGUGAUGCGAAUUCGCAGGUCAUAGUUCAGCAAGCUUGAACAUUGGAACGCAGUGAAAUGCGAAACUUUUCGCACGAGCUUGCGUUUCCGGCACAUUCACAUGCGUAUGACGUCAAUGGAACACAAAGUGCUUUGUGACCUCCCCUUAAAAGUAGCCCAGUUUUGCAGGAAAACCACAGACUUGGCAACACUGCGUAGUGACCUGGAAAAGCCUUUACCCAAGUUGAAAUAAUUCGCCACCAUCGCUUUUUCAAUGACGUACGACCCUCAUUGAUGGGGAAUAUCCAAUCUGUCCACUUACAUGGCAUAUGCAAAUGCAUGUGUUUGAUUCCUAUUUAUCUAACGAUUUAUUUCUACAUAUGAAUGAGGCCUGAAACUGAUCUGAGAAUACUGGAAUCUGUGCUUUUUUUCCUGCUUACAUGUUCAUGGGUCAUAUCUGAUCUGUGCCACAUGGGAGGAAAAAUUGGAAUUGGGUCACUUGAACCAUAUGUUGUAAAUGCAGUCUAAACAACUGUGGAUCACUUCAAAAUUCAUGUAGAAAUAUGCACCUCAUUGCGAGAUACAUGACACAUUAAAAUGUGUUCUAACAUCUUCUCAAAAUCAAAUCAUAUCAAUUGCUUGAUAUCCUCUGACUGCAUGGAAUUAUAGUCUGAUGCAUAAAAAUUGGAGGCUGUGCUAAUCAUAAACUGAUUUUGUGAAAUCUGUCAAAAUCUGGAGGCGGACUGACUUUCUGCAACUAGCAUUGACAUCUCUGGACAGCAGACAAUGUAAGAUUGGAGAAAAAUUCUAUCGAAAGUUAUGUAGUGUAUUCCAAUCAUCUGUAACAUGGUUGCAGUUCUUGAUGUUAUCACCAAUUUGGAGAAAUACCCUAUCACCAAAGAAGCACUUGAGGAAACCCGCUUGGGAAAGCUGAUUAAUGAUGUGAGAAAGAAAACAAAGGAUGAGGACCUUGCCAAACGUGCCAAGAAACUCCUGCGGAACUGGCAGAAGCUGAUCGAGCCCGGCCAAAGUGACACUCCAGCGAGAGGAGCGCCAAAUGUCCCGGGUUCUGCCAAUGGCGGUGCUCACCCCUGCCGGACAGACACGCCUCCAGCGGUGCCCCCUCCGAGCAAGGUCGCUUCCGAGCUCAAAACCAGAAAUGACAUCCAUAACACAUACUCCCCAAAGGCGGAGAAAUCCAGCAGCCGAAAACGGCGGGGGGAGCAAAGGGAUAGUCCGCAUCUGCCGGCCAAAAUGACAAAGACGUCCCUUUACGAGCCAAUGUUUUCCUCUUCCCCACCAUCAAAUGGAAUUAGGGGGAGCCCCGAGCCACUCCCGGAUAAAGAGGACGAUGUACCGUCUGACAGAAUCCGCAUGGAACACCUUGAGAAUGACAGGCACAACAAAAUCCCUGUCAACGCUGUGAAGCCUCAUCCGAGCUCUCCGGGGCUUACCAAACUACCUAGCACUUCCUCCUUACUCAAAACGUCAGUGUUACAGCAGCACGCGAGAAUGGACGGAGGUGGGCAGCAUCAGCCCAAAAGCCCUCGGUACUCCUCGAGUCCGCGCAGCGUAACGCAUGAGACGAUGGCCAAGAGGUCUUCAACAUAUGCACCAAAAGGGACUCUCUUGAGCCCGGCUCAGAAUUCAGCCCAAGUGCCCUCUCCUUUGCCCACGCUGCAGCCUUUAACGUCGCCGGCCCAGGUGUGCAUCAGCGAUGGUCCGUCAUCUGUGGGGUUGGAAGGCUCGAUGCACUUGCACAGAUCGACGGAUAGACUCCCCCAGCCCCCACACAGCACUGCAACACUGGAGCCGCUUUCCAACUCCCCGCUCGCCACACACAGCUUGGAGGGUGCGGAGACCAAGGGUGAGCGGGAGGGAGUGACCUCCAACUCGGAAGGCAAAAAGCGGAAGAAAUACAGACCCAGAGACUACACAGUAAAUCUUCAGGGGCAGUCCUCGGAGGACAGGACCAAACCGGUGCGGUUAAAAGAGCGUAGGUUGACAUUCGACCCAGUGACCGGACAGAUUAAGCCCCUCACUCCGAAAGAAUCCCACCAUGACGUAGAGUGCCAAGGCCCACCGAUCGCAGAGCCUUCGGUGAGGACUGAGAUGCCGCAGCAAAAGACACCUACAUCAGUUCCCAACCCCUUUCAACAGACGAACUGGAAAGAGCUGUCCAGAAAUGAAAUCAUUCAAUCGUACCUUAACCUUCAGAGCAACGUUCUCACAUCCUCUGGAGCACAGACCCACGGGGCGCACUUUUUCAUGACUGAAUAUUUGAAGCGGGAGGAACACGACGUGAAAGAGUCCAGGAAAACGCACGCUUUAGUACCGAGCAGCUCCCCGACGGAACUACCCGGGGUGACUCGGGACGUAACGAACGAGGACCUUCUCAGAAUACACAACGAACACUGGCCAGGCGUGAACGGUUGUUAUGACAGCAAGGGAGCCUGGUUUGAUUGGACAGAGUGCAUAUCGUUGGAUCCUCACGGCGAUGAGAGUAAAUUGAACAUCCUGCCAUAUGUUUGCCUAGACUGAGAGAACAGGGUUUGGAAAAGUUUUCAAUGUUCCCACUGUGAGUCGAAGGAGGUCGAAGCAACUCUCCUCAUCACUCUGUACUAGGUUCAUCUUACAGGUGUAAAGAACGAACCAACGGCGGCGGUUCCGAGUUCAGUUUUCCACAAGAAGGAGCUGAAGUGGCGUCCUGUUUGUAAUGUGCUGCUACCAACAAGAAUUUGCAAACAAGGGUUGUAUAUAAUGGCUCGCAGGGAUUUCACUGGGCCAGUUCUUGCACAACGUGUGAAUAGGAGGGUCUGAGCAAGCAUUGAGCAGUACAGAUAUGUUUAAAAGCAAGUCGAGAACAUUUUUUGGCAGUUACAAAAAGCUUUAUGUGACAAAGAAUAAAUUAUAAAAGUUUCUUAUCAUGUAUGCAUCUAUUUAUUUGACCAUUUUUGUUUUCCAUACUUUUUUUUUUUUUUUUCCUAGCAGAAGGUUAUCCACUAAGAUGUGCAGAUAUGUGCAGGCUUUUCUGUUCGCAUCACACAUUUGUCCCCUUAUUUGUGAUGUACAUGAGGCAUAUAUAAAUACAUUUUUUCCCACAGCGGCUCUCAAGUACGUGUGCUAAUUGCAGUAGAUACCGACAUUCCAUUCCAUCAUUUCUCGCUUGACGUUUCUUUCGAUUUAUUUAAUAUACGUGAUUUUCAUAUCAGAGAACAACAAUCUAUUUUUAGAUGUGUUAAAUAAAACAAUAUUUUAAACAAAUCUGUUUGCCUAGAUAAUUGUAAAAAGAGAAAAAUGGAUAAAUAUGUCAAAAAAGAGAAAGUAUUCAUGUGCUAGAAGAAAAUGCAGCGAAUGGCCACAGAGGGUGCUACUUUUCAUCUUCAUAUUGUGAGGACAGGAAAGCAGGAAAAUGUUAAUAUGCUGGAAAUAUACUUGUUACCAUUCCUUUAGAUAUUGUUUGCCUUACUGAAACCAUUCAACAAUGACUUUCUUAUUUGAAGAGCCUUAGUGAAUGUAUGGCAUUUAGACUUUUGUUUAGGUGGUACAGAAGGAAACACCUCUUGGCUUCUGCCAUAUGGUCUUUUUUUUCUCAUAUGGACGCAUUGUGCUAUAAAUGUGUCAAUAAAUAUGCGCAUUAUCCUGCUUGUCUGUACAUAGUUCUUGCAAUCCAUGUAAAACCUUUCGAAGUCUUCAUAUUUUUUUCUUUAAGUGUGAAUGUAAUUAAUUUGGGAGGAAACAAAGCGUUUUGAAUGAAAGACCCAAUCAUUUGUGUUGCUGUUCACAGGCAUCUAUAGACCUAGAUUUAUAGGUUGUGGUCCUAUUAUUCAUUCAGUGUUUUCAGUUUGACAUUAUUGAUCGUGUUUUGUUUUUUUCCAUUCAAUAUUAUUUUAAAUGCCUUGCCAUUGUUUUGAAGACAAACGUCUUGUGAAGGGGGUGAAAUCAAUUUGCUGCCGACUUGCAAACACUGUGUGCUCUGCUACCUUCGUCCUACCAAUGUGCCUUUGAUGUAAAAAGUUUGGAAAAGGCUUCCGCUAGCUUCACUUGGUUUCAAAAGUACAGCAUAUGUUUUCUUAAAACCAUGUCAGAUAUUCCAGGGAUAUGCAUUGUUUUUGAAGCGAAGGCCAUCUAAGAGCUCAACACUUGGUUAGGGUAUUGCAAAUAUAAUUUGCAAUUUAAAACUAGAGGAGAGACUUCUUUGAUCAUUUUUGAUCAGUAUAUUUGUUCAGUGUUUAACAUCACUCAUUUGUUCGAAAAAAAUAAAAUGAUCAAAACUC